CUGAAAUUGCACUGUUCCACCCUGUCAUAUGCCAUUGCUUACAUCCCAUAAAGCUUUUAUUAGUUCUUCCAUUGUACAUUUAUCUUGGUUUUGCUACCAAGUUACUCCUCUAAUAGGGACCCUGCAUAUAACAACUUGGUAUUGAAGCAAGAGGCAGAAAACCCAUGCUUCCUGUGAAAGAGCAUAUUAUCGUAUGACGUAAAUACAACUACAACUGCACUCGGCCCUGUGGGAAAUGGCUGAGGAGCCUUUAAUAAAUCCCUGCAAAAGACGAAACUGUACAACCGAGGAUGAAAGGGAACCUAAAAAGAAGAGAGUGGACUCUGAACACCAAAGCAUUAAUGGCUCGACCAUAUGCAAACUCAAGAAGUCGCCCAGACUUUCCACAGCAUUGUUUCGGGAUAACUGUGCCAUCCAGCACCAACAAAUCCACAAGCUUCUUAAAUAUGCCUGUCUAGGAAAAGGUUCCCGUUCAGCCCAGCCAAGCUGGUGCCACAUUCAACAUCAGAAACGCCUUCAAAGUGUUGUUAUUAUUGUACUGCAGGAUCUCGCUCAGCUCCAUUUUUAUCAGUUUUACUUGCACUUUCCCUAUCUUAGGAAGCUGUUUAAACACAGAUUCAGCAUGCCUCCUCCUCCUUCUGAUUUUAUUGCUGCUUUGAUUGGCGCAGAAAAGAAUGGCACAUCUGACAUAAAGAAACAAGAGUUCAGAUCUCUUCAAGCCAACUUCAGCCUAAAAGAUCCUGCUGAAACAGCUUGCUUAUCUGGUGAAAUCGGAGAGACUUUUAAACAUGACCCCAUCGUACUGAAAUAUGGAACUGAGCAGCUAGGCCUGACCAGGUAUCUGCUUUCUCAGGAGGAGAUGAGGAAAAAUAAGUAUCCUUUAGUAGGCUCUCCCGAUUCAAUAGAUUAUGUGAACUCUGGCUGCUCAAGGGAGAUAACCGAUGACAGCCCUCUGUUUGGAUUAGACUGUGAAAUGUGCUUGACGGAUAAAGGAAGUGAACUCACUCGAAUCUCACUGGUAGAUGCCAGUGGUUCCUGCAUUAUGGAUGAGCUUGUCAAACCGGACAAUACUAUUAGGGAUUAUAUGACCAGGUACUCAGGAAUUACAAGAAAGCUGCUGCUUCCAGUGAAAACUAAAUUAAAGGACGUGCAGCAAAAGCUCAAGUCAGUUCUCCCUCCUGAUGCUGUUCUAGUUGGUCACUCACUGGAUAAUGACUUACGGGCUUUACAGAUGAUCCAUACCAGUGUUAUUGAUACAGCGUUGCUAUUUGCAAGAGAAUAUGGUAGAAAAUUCAGGCUCAAGUUCUUGGCUCAAGCAGUUCUGGGGAGGGAGAUUCAGACUGACGAUGUGAUGGGUCACUGUCCGGCUGAAGAUGCAAGAGCUGCAUUAAACUUGGCUCAGUAUUUUAUCCAGCAUGGGCCUAAAAAGGUUGCGCAACUCUAUCUGCACGCCGUCUUUAGACGCAUAAACAGCCCAAACGGAACUCUGCCAGCUCAGGAGGAGACUUUGCCAACCAAACAGAAUGGGUUCCUCUUCCCAUCGGUCGCAACCCCAAUCAAACAACGCUCAGAAGAGCCUCACAGUCUGUUGGAAUCGCUGAACUCUUAUGGAAGGAAGAUCAUUUACAUGGGCAGAAUCAAUGGCAUGAAAGAUUCAGUUUCUUCAAAACUACUGGAGAAUAUCAGGUGUUCAUCCGAGGAAGAGGUUCUGAAAAAUGCCUGCAGUUUGCCCCAACUGGCCUCCAUCGGCAUUGUUACAUUUUCCACCAACAAUGGUUACAGCAGAGGCCCAAAUGAGAUGCACAAAAGGUUGAGAAGUAAGUUUUCGGACAUGAUGACUGUUUUUGCUGGACCAUUUGAGAAGUCUUUUUGCUUACAAUCUGUAAGGAGGGUGUUCCGGACCUGCGGCCCAAUCAAGUCAUUAAAAGUCUUGUCCCAGACGUACCAGCCAUAUAUCAGUGUGGAGUACAUCAUACUGGAAGCUGCUCAGCUUGCUGUGGAAACCUUGGAUGGUGCACACAUUGAUGGCCAUUGUAUCAAGGUGCAGAGGCUGGUCACGGAGCAAACACUCGACUGCCAGCUGCUUCUGAAGGCAAUGGAAGAAGAUCCGGAGAACAGAGAUGUUAUUUAUGUUUCGGGUUUUACGAAGUCCCUAACUGAGGAAUUUCUCCAGCGGCGCUUUGGCCAAUUCAGUGAUAUUAAAGCCAUUUUUCUGCCCAUCUGUCCUCUGAAUGGGAAACCUGCAAAAUACUGCUUUUUGAAAUUCCGGCAGUCCCAGAGCGCCACUGCGGCAAUCGAUCACAUCACAGGAGAAGGUGAGCUCCGGUGUCGAAGAGCACUCACAGCCUGCCACUUCCAUCAGUGGUUACAAACAGGGGAGCCAUGUGCCCCUCGGGAGCAGCAGCAGCAAGUUCUUCCUGAGGAAGAUGCCCUGUGUGACAUCAUGGAGAGCUUGGAUAGUAACGUUAUGCAGGUUUAUGAGAACCUUCCAGAAAACACUCUCUGCCUUGUUCUUUUCCCUGGUGCAAACAGUUCCUGUGGAUCUGUCCCUGGCUUUGGACUGAUGGGAAUAAAAGCAUCGUGUGGAUGACUGAAA